AUGGCGUCCCUCACACCAGAACAAGUACAGAUCAUUAAAGCCACUGUUCCAGUACUGGCAGAGCAUGGCGAGACUAUCACCACCAAGUUCUAUGCAGAUAUGCUCGAGGCCAAUCCCCAACUCAGGAACAUCUUCAACAACACGCAUCAAGCCACUGGACACCAACCUCGUGCGCUCGCUGGAUCUCUUUAUGCUUACGCUGCCAAUAUCGAUGAUCUUGGCAAGUUAUCCCCUGCCGUCGAAUUAAUUUGUCACAAGCAUACUUCCCUCCACGUCAAACCGGAGCACUACAAUGUCGUCGGCGAGCACCUCCUCAAGACCAUGGCGACAGUCCUCGGCGACGCUGCAACACCUGCCAUCCUCGGCGCCUGGGAAGCCGCCUACUGGCAACUUGCCAACAUCAUGAUCAACAAAGAGGAUGGCAUGUAUAAGGAAGCAAAAGGCUGGGCUGACUGGAAGGACUUCAAGAUCGUACGCAAAGAGAAGGAAUCCGAAGAGAUCACAUCGUUCUAUCUCCAGCCCAUCGAGUCUGGCUUCAAGCUACCAACCUACAAGCCAGGUCAGUACGUCUCGGUCAACAUCUUCGUCGACGAGCUAGACGGCGGCGUGUGGCAAGCGCGCCAGUACAGUCUCUCCGAGGCGCCGGGCAAGGACUACCUGCGCAUCAGUGUCAAGCGCGAAUCGGGCAUUGAGAUUGGCGAGCCACGAUACCUGGCGCACCCCGGCUACGUUUCGAACAUCCUACACGAGAAGAAGGAUGUCGGCGACACCGUGCGCGUCUCGCACCCCUGGGGCGAUUUCUUCUUCGACGAGGAGAAAGCAGACAAGGAUGCGCCGAUUGUUCUGAUCUCGGCUGGCGUGGGACUCACAUGCUUAAAUAGCAUCUUGAACACUACGCUGGAGCACUCGUCAUCGAGACCUGUCACGUGGAUUCAGGGCGCACGAAAUAACAAGACGAGGGCAUUCAAGAAAGAGAUUGAUGCGCUGGCGAAGGAGAAGAGCAAUCUGCAUACUGUGUUCUUCUCGUCGAGCCCAGAGGAGGGAGAGGUGCAGGGCCAGGACUACGACGUCGCGGGCCGUGUUAGCCUGAGUAGCGUGGGCAAAGUUCUGUUUACGGACAACGAUAAGACGCUGUACUUCACUUGCGGACCGGAACAGUUCAUGUUGGAUAUUGAGGCGCAGUUGAAGACCUAUGGUAUUCCUUCGGAGAGAGUGCAUAUGGAACUAUUUGGUACUGGUGGUGUACCGAGGGUUUAG